AUGCCAGGAUCUGGAACUACCCUGCUAGAUAAUGGUAGUUUACUAAUUCACUCUGGUAGGGCAGAUGGUAUUAAGAGACAAGGGGUUGGCAUAUUUCUUUCCAAAAAAGUAAGGAACUCCCUUAUCUCGUACACACCUAGAUCUGAGCGGGUCCUGACAGCAAGGUUACACAGCAAACACCUCAACAUCUCUGUAGUUGUAGCCUAUGCUCCGAUUGACGGUGCAGAUGACAGUGAGAAAGACCUUUUCAUAACGUUUUGUCAGACAUGUAACAUGUUUGGUGAACUGCCCCUACAUGAUCUAAAACUGUUACUGAAUGACUUCAACGGAAACGUUACCUCAAACAGAUAUGGAUUCGAGGGAGUCAUUGGUGGGGAAUCUCUCCAUAGUUCAUGGAGCGACAAUGGGACUAGACGCAUAGAUUUCUGUGCAGCUAAUCAACUUGUUAUUGGUGGAACUCUGUUCCAGCAUAGAGACAUCCACAAGGCAACUGAUCUAGAGGAGGCGUCGAAGAAUGGUCAACAACGGGAAGUCUGGGAUAAGAUCAAGAAGAUCUCUGGGAAAGGGAAGAAAAAACAGACCAUGACUGUUAGAGAUAAAGAUGAUUACGGAUCCACAGAUCCAGAAGGAACGGUAGAAGGAGCUCUUUUCGGAGCUUCUUAA